AUGCCGUCCGAGCACUCCCCCCGCAAUGUGCGCUUCUCCAACGGCGAGGAAGACGCACGCGCCGAGCUCAUGAAGUCGCCACGAUCCUCCACCAUCGCAGUCCUCGAGUCCAGCAAUUCCCUUUCCUCCGCCGAAUCCCCCAACGAUGAUCCUCACGCCGCUGAACGCCACGACGAACUGCCGGCACUCUCCGUAUACGACCCGGUCCACGCCGGCUCCAUGACCUCUCUCGUCCAGACGGCCCUCACCAACGGGACCAGCAGAAGCAUGCGGUCGUCGACGGGGGACCUCAACGGCGGUCAUUACGUUGCCGUCAACGGCAGCUCCCUCAAAUCCAGCAUCAGGCCCGGCGGUCCUGCGAGAACACCUUCGAGCACAUAUGCGCCCCAGAGGCGGCCCCAACCGGCGCCGUCAUUCACCGAGUCGGUCCGCAGCUCUCGCUCACGGCCCCGUCCGAGCGAGCGCUUCCGCCAGCAGGAGAGAGCCUACGUGCAGCGUCUGAGGCAAGACUACGGCGACGGCUACCCCUUCGACGGCUACACCAACGGCAUGAACCAGGGCGAUUCCGACUCGGAAGGCGAGACGCCCUCGUCCGAAGGGCCCUACGAAGAUCGAUAUGAGCAGGAGACCAUCAUGUUCUACGGCAACGACGACCUGCAACCCACCGACGAGGACGUCAAGGACCCCGCCAACCGUGAGCGACUCGAGUGGUACGGCAUGUUGGAGGCCGUCCUCACCGGCGACGUCGUGCGCCAGGAGAAGAAGCGCUUGAUCGGCUCUGGCGAGCCGGCCGUCGGCGAGUCGGCCCAGAAGAACGAGCUGUGGCUGGGCAUCCGGUCCAAGGUCUGCGGCCGCCACCUUUCUGUCCAGAAGCGAAUGGUCGAGGAGGCACGCGGCGCCCUCGGCCGCACACUCGACGACAUCAUCAACUUCUCCGUCAAGGGCGAGAGCGAGGUCGGAAAGCCACCGCACGAACAGGUCAAAGACAUUGUCGAGAGGAUCGACAAGUGCGAGAGCCUCUAUCCGUCCUGGUCCGCCCUCGUGGCCGAACACAGUUCGGCCAAGUCGCCUCUGUUUGAGGAGGCCUACGAGUCCAUCGUCUCGUGGCACAACACGAACGAGCUCAUCGCCAUUGAGCUCGCCAUUCUCAAAAAGUGGGUGGGCAAUGAUGACCUGGACUUUUCUCGGACACGCCAGCGCUCUCCCGUCGGCAACGGCAUCCCCGACGAGACCUCGUUCCUCGACCGACUCAUGAAGGAAGACGGCCUCAAGUCGCUCUACGACGAGGACCGCAACGACGACAAGCACAAGGUCGUCCAGAAAGGCAUGCUCGCCGGCAUCUCCACCGUCAUCAACAAGUCGAAGGAGACGCUGAUCCGCAACUUUGCCGCUUUCCAGAAACGCCACCUUCCGCCGUACAUCGAGGAGCUUCUGACCCUCAUCAGCUUCCCGUCCCGCCUCAUCGAGGAGAUCAUCAAGAUGCGACUCGCCUACGCCAAGAAGGUGAAAGAGUCGGCGCAGCAGAACUCGCUGAUGCAGGACCAGAUGAUCUCGCAGUUCCAGACGCUGCUCCAGCUGGCCAUCCGCAUCAAGCUCGAAUACCUGGCCAUCGCCCAGCCAGAACCCGGCUGGGACCUUCCUCCCAUGAUCGAUGACUCGUUUGACCAGGUCGUCUUGGAUGCCCUGAAAUACUACUUCAAGAUGCUCAACUGGAAGCUGAGCGGCAACAAGAACACGUUCAAGGAGGCCGAGCUGCUGUUCGCGGAGUGGGGCUUCGGCAACGAGAUCGGAAGCCACCUGCAGGGUGGCAAUGUCGAAGUCGCCGAGCAGUUCAGCUCUCUGACCUUCAAAGCCCUCAACCGACUGAGCAUCACCUUUGAGAGAGAGCUGCAGGUCAAACCGAGGGAAACCGUGGCCGAGAUGAGCAAGCGAUACAAGCAAUGUCUCGACUCGGUGCGGGUGCGUCAGCGCAUGCUGCAACGGUUCUCGAGAAUGUUGAGCGACAACUACGAGAAUGCGUCCGACUUCAGCAUAGCAUACACGCCAGACAAGCUGCGCGAGUUUUACGACAGACUCAUCACGUCUGGCCACGUCCAAGUGUUUACCGACCUGUACGAGCAGGAGGGCAUCUUCAUCAUCGCUUCCGCCUCCCUGGCUGAGCGACAGGAGGACAUCCAGUCGAUACUCGGGUUCACUUCGGCCGACCAGUUCCUCGACGAUGGCAGCGACCCGUAUCUGCUGAUUCUCCGACCGGAAGACCCGCCUCACUGGUUCGGUGAUGUCGUUCCCUUGGCUGUCCGGGAGCGGAACAUUGACCUCAAAAAGGGCCAUGUGCGCCUCGUCGCUGCUGGCACAGAGGCACGUCUGGCCAGUGCGCGGAGAGCGUUCCUCGAGUCUGUUGACAUGCAUGUCGAUCUCGUCGUCGAGUCGCGGUCCAAUCUUCACAAAGUCAACACGAGAUUGAUGGAGAUUCGCCGCGUCGCCUACAAGCUGUCCAACAACUUCAUGGACAGCGUGGAGACGAUUCGCAAGCAGACAGUGGGCAAGGACUGCCAGGAGCUCAUCCAGACAUGCUUCAUCUUCGCGACCGAGUUUGGUCAGCGGUCCCUUCUCUACAUGGACAGCAACAGGAAACAGAUGAACAACCUCAAGCUGACCAAGCUCGCGCUGGACUGGGUGUCGUUCAUCUGCGACGACUGCAUCGCGUCCGACCGCAAGACGUUCCGCUGGGCCGUGCUUGCCCUGGAAUUCGCCAUGAGCAUGACCAGGGGCCGCUCCAUUCUCGCGCUGGGCGAAGACGAGUAUGCGAAGCUGCGGUCCAAGGUGGCUGGCUGCAUGUCCCUGCUCAUCUCGCACUUUGACAUCAUGGGGGCGCGGUCCAACCUCGCAGCACAGGCCGAAAAGGAGCGCGUCGAACUUCUCUUCGGCCAGUACAGGCGUCUCGACAAGAACAGCAUGCUGGACGACGAUAAGGCUUCGCAGUACAUCACGGAGCAGCGCGUCGAAAAGCUCGAGCACGUGGACGAGACGAGGCGCACGAGGGAGGCCGAACGCCAGGCGCUGGGACGCGUCCUGGAGGCCAACAAUGAGGUCGAUCGGUCGUUGGCCUACCUGUCUUCUUCGGCGACAAAUGUCACAAUGCGCUGGCAGCAGGGGCACUUUGUGGGCGGAGGUACUUUCGGAAACGUCUACGCAGCCAUGAACCUGGACUCGGGCCACCUCAUGGCUGUCAAGGAGAUCAGGCUGCAAGAUCCGAAGCUUAUCCCAACCGUUGCCGAGCAGAUCAAGGACGAGAUGGGUGUUCUGGAAGUGCUGGACCACCCCAACGUAGUAUCCUACUACGGCAUCGAAGUCCACCGCGAUCGCGUCUACAUCUUCAUGGAGUUCUGCGACGGAGGCUCCCUCGCGAACCUUUUGGAACACGGCCGCAUCGAGGACGAGCAGGUCAUCAUGGUCUACACGCUGCAACUCCUAGAGGGACUUGCGUAUCUCCACGAAAGCGGCAUUGCUCAUCGUGACAUCAAACCGGAAAACAUCCUCCUUGACCACAACGGCAUCAUCAAGUACGUCGAUUUUGGCGCCGCCAAGGUCAUCGCGCGACAGGGCAAAACACUCAUUCAAGCCAUGGACGAGGCGAAGCCCAACAAGUCCAUGACCGGCACGCCCAUGUACAUGUCUCCCGAGGUCAUCAAGGGUGAAAACCCUGGCCGCGCUGGAGCCGUGGACGUCUGGUCCCUCGGCUGUGUCAUCCUCGAGAUGGCCACCGGCCGGCGCCCCUGGGCCAACCUCGACAACGAGUGGGCCAUCAUGUACAACAUUGCGCAGGGCAACCCCCCUCAGCUGCCUGGCACCGACCAGCUCAGCCCGCAAGGCAUUGAUUUCCUCAAGGGCUGCUUCCUGCAGGAUCCGAAGAAGCGCAUGUCGGCUGUCGAGCUGCUCCAGCACGAGUGGAUAAUGACCAUCCGCAACCAGGUCGUCGAGCCGGCGACACCGAGCGACGGAAGCGUAGCGACGCCCGCGUCCAGCGUUUCGAGGGCCAACACGGGUGACGGCUUCUACUAG